AAUAUACGUUAUGAGAGUUUAAAAUAUAUAUAUAAUAAAAAAAAUGACCUAUUUGAAACCCGUUAGGUUAUGUACAUAUGUUUAACCAUAGAUUAUCGUUACUCAGAUACUGGUGUUUCGUAACAAAGAUAACACAAAUUAUCUAUUUAUAUGUAGGCUUUUUACUGUUGUUUUACAAACGUAAAGACAUUUUAUGUUUUAAUCUUAUUCAAGACGUUUGUAAAGUUUAGUUUCUUGAGGAACGGUAAUAUAAUAAGUAUAUUAUAAUUAUUAAUAGUGUUGCCAAAAUGCCUGGAAAAAUUGUUGUCGUUGGUUCAUGUAUGAUAGACUUUACUUGCUAUGCACCUCGCUUACCAAAGCCUGGAGAGACAAUAUGUGGUUACAAAUCUAAAAUAAAACUUGGUGGGAAGGGUGCUAAUCAAUGUGUGGCUGCUGCUAAACUUGGUUCAACUACAGCGCUUAUUUCUGCAUUGGGCUGCGACUUUUUUGCAAAAAAUUAUUUGGACGCAUUGAGGGAAUUACAUGUAGAUACUUCUUUUGUUAAAGUUCAUGAGAAUGCAGACAGUGGAAAAGCUCAUAUUACAGUUGCUAAAAAUGGGGAAAAUAGUAUAGUAAUCAUACCAGGAGCUAAUGAUUUGAUAAGUGUUGAACAAGUUAAAAAAGCUACCAAUUUAAUUGAAAAUGCAUCAGUGUUAUUAUGUCAAUUCGAAUCACCAAUAGACGCUACUUUGCAAGCUUUACGAAUUCAUCAAGGACAUGGAUAUUCUAUUGUGAAUGGUGCACCAGCUAUUAAAUCUGUCAAUCCAGAGAUUUUUUCAUUAUGCGACAUAUUUUGCGUUAACGAGACCGAGGCAGAAGUUUUAACAGGAAUUUAUCCUGUGAAGAUAUCGAAUGCUGAUUUGGCAGUCAAUUCUUUACUUGGUCAGGGAUGUAAAUCGGUUAUAAUUACUCUUGGAUCGUCAGGUGCAGUUUUUGGAUCUAAUGAUACAGAAGAAAUAAUUCAAGUUAAUACAGUGUCCGUUUGCCCGGUUGAUACUACCGGUGCAGGAGACGCAUUUCUGGGUGCUUUAGCUUUCUUUCUAGCAUAUUGUCCACACUUUUCGAUGAAAGAAUGUAUUGAGAGAGCUUGUAAGAUUGCUACAUUGAGCGUAUUGAAAGAAGGUACGCACGACAGUUUUCCAAAAAGAGAUGAACUUCCAAGCUCCAUGUUUAAAUAAUAUAUGUAUUUUUAAUAUAUAUAUAUAUAGUAUAAAAAUGAUGUAUAUUUAAAUGCCAUA